UUUGCCAGUCAAUUCUCCCUGAAGCCUGACCAAGUGCAGAAGCUGCUUAAAGUUGGUGCUAACCAUGGAGAUGCUCGGCUUCUUGCUCGCCAACUGCAGUCACACUUCUGUUCUGGUGCAGUCCCUUCCUCCGACCACAGCUUCAUCUCGGCUGGAGUCCGUGACUCUGAGUCUCAAGUUAGAGACGCCGGAGAUUUCGCCUCUACUGUUACCGUUUGUGAUACUUCCGACUGUAGUUCUGAUGCCUUGGCUCGUCUCUUCAGCCCAGCUACCGCUCGCUUCCUCCUCUCUCGACCUGCUGAUUGGGCUUCUUGUCUGCGUUUAGCAAGAGAUAAGUUCGAAACCUACUUCCGACAUAAGGCACUCCGACUGCUCGAAGCCUUCCCUUCGGACGCCAAGUUGGCCGAUGGUAGCCCCUUCUGGCAGCUUCCGAAGCGCAGGCCCACUCCUAUUGUUUUUGAUCAUGCCCAACCUGAUCAUGUUGGCUUUGUGAUCUCAUUUGCCCGCCUUCUAUCAGACCAGCUUGGUAUUCGGCCUCCAAAGCCACCACACCAAUUGCAGAAGGAAGAUGUUCUUGAGGUACUACGCACUCAUACACCGCCCGCAUAUCGGCCGACCCCGGGCCGGAAGUUUGUCACUGACGAAUCGCUGCCUCGGCACACUCAACUGGAAGGGGCAACAACAUCUUCACAGACAGAGGUGGCCGCUGCUAAUCCUGUAUGUGAUUUGGAUGGGCUUCGCAAGAUGGUCGAGACAUUUGCACUUAAUGUCGAGGAUCCUGUCAAAAAACAAACUCCUGGUGAUCCGACGCGGUAUCGGUUUCAGUUUGGUGUGAACUUCGUCGUCUUGGGCACUUAA